AUGGCUGUGAGAGCUCCUUUAGGGUUCAGUCCUUCGACAAACCCUUUGAUUUCUGCUUUCUCGCCUUUCUCAGACCAUCCUGACUCACCUCGACCUCGACCUGCCGCCAAUUCGGGUCUCCCUAUGUCCGCUACCGAGAAGAGCAAUACGACAAGUGACAGUCAUCUCAAGGCUCCGCCAGCAAAUACUAUUACCUCGCCGCAAGAUCCCGCGGCUCCCUCCCCGGUUGCCUCAGACGUGACCAAUUUUGAAGACGUAGACGAAGAAGUUGAAGAGGAGGGAACAGAAAGAGGUUCGGUGGCUGAAGCGCCAUUGAAUUUCAAUGAAAAUCAGAGGCCGGAAGUGACAUCUCCUCUCAAGGAGAGUGUGCAAAAUAUCACCACUCCGCUGAGGGUCGAGACUGGCCCGACACUCGAACAGCAAUUUCGUGCGAAACUAGAGGAAGAGAGAGAGCCUCAGUCGGUCAUACACAUCCCAGCGGGCUUUGGCAAGUUUCCCGUCCAGCAAGCUUCGGGCUCGACGGAGCGACAGGAAACGAAGCCAGCAACAGACGAAAAAGCUGAGGGAGAUUCGUCGACCCAGCAAAAGGAAGCUGAGAGGGCCAGGGCCGGCUCUACUGAUUCGAAAACUUCGGAUUCUACAGUUACAGAACCCGGCGCUUCUGGGGCCAAGCCAACUUCCAAGACCCAUGACGUUCCAAUGCCUCCGACGCCAUUACAAACCUCACUUCCUUCCCUUACAAUUCAUGAUUGGUCUCGAACGCCUAGAGCCCAGACAAGACAAGAUCUCAGCUCAUUGAGCCGCCCUGGUUCAAGUCUUGCCAGCAUCCUUGAAGGUGACGACACAGACCAUCCCAGUACAGAUGAGACUGGAGACGAAAGCCAGAUCGGCAAGCGCUUUUUGCGUGAUGCCGAAGCCGAAAUUAACGCUCUCCGUAACGCGUUGUCCGAAUGCUGGACAUUGUGUAACACUCUCGCCAGCCUGAGCCACAUCCACCGGGAAAGGAUAUUCAACUUUUCGGGCCGUGGUGACAUGCAAGAACAAGCAUGGAAGUCUUGCUGGAAAUUGUGCCAGAACCUUUACAACACCCGAGACGACAAUACUCGCAACUCUUUUUCACACAACUCGUCAAGACCCACCCUGGAUCUUUGUCGGGAUUUCUGCCAGGCCCUAUUUGAAGUAAGAGUUCGGGAUAACGAGACCGCGGACUCAGUCUUGAGAGUCAGUUUCGAGUUGAACAAUCAUCUGUUCAACACUCAUGAUCGCAGUCUCCCAGAGGCUUUCCGGGAGAGGACGUUGGAUUUCUAUAUCACCCUGUGUCACCGACUGAUGAAACAAAAGUCCAAAAUGGCAGACGAAACAGAUUCAUUAUUACGGGCCUGUUGGUCCCUGGCAGAAAUGCUGUUCAGUCUACGGCAGAAUCGACGUGAAGGAAAGAGACCGGACGAAGAACUUCUCGGUUCUGCCAUCCAGGCAUGUUGGGAGUUGUGUGACUUGUUCAGAGAAGGUUGGACUCAAAUUCGUCCUGAGAGAGGGACUCCUCGUCCUAGUCAAACCACCUUCACCCAGGCUUUCAAUCAAGCGAAAAGGUCUGGGUUUGCGCCAUUAGAUGAGAAUGGCAACCCCAAAGUCCUUCCAGAAACACCCACCACUAUUUUCGAAGAUACAGUCACUACCAUAUCACCAGAUGAAGCACCGAUUCCUAAUAUCCUUGUCCUUGGUGCCGACGAAGCAUCUAGGAUGUCUACUUCUUCCGCCUCGUCGACUCCUGCCCCUGUUCAACGCCAGCUCUCGCCCAAUCCCGCUACUCAAGCUCGAAAUCCUCAUUCCGCUCAUCCCAUAUCUUCCUCUACAAACAAUCACAGAUGGUCCUCCAAUUCCUCCGUUCUUUCACUUCCCGCAUCGGCCGCUUCAGAAGGAGGUCCGAACCCGAUGUCUGCCACCACGGUCUCCACCGUCCGCACCCCAGCUGAAGACCCCACGCUAAUCCUCCUCAAAACAUUGUUCGUGAAGGCCGCCUUGUCAACUGGGCGAGGGUAUACACGCACUUCCCCCGACCCCAAUCUAAAUUCCCUGCCGAAUUUCGUCAAGAACUUACCAGAUAAUGCUUUUGGCAACCAAGCCUGGCAAGUUUCACUGUUGGACAACUACCGCAAAGCAGUCAUGAAUGACUCAGGCUUUCGUAACUUGGGCGUGGCUGGGACCGUCGGUGAAAGGGGGAGGGUGAAUGCCGUGGAAGUUGCCAGAGCCGUCCGGGGAAUGACCAGCUGUGUCUAUGGAUUUGGGUGGUUGCGAGAUCUCUAUCGGCAUGUCUUUGGCUAUUAUGUCGAGGAAGCCCUCAAGGGGAGCGAUUCUCAUGCCACCGGUGCUCGAAGGUCCGCGAGACAAGGUGGACCGGCAGCGAGUUUAGUGGCUGCUGUCAUGAGCAAUGUGACGCCUGCGUCUGCAGGCGCAGGCUCAGGAGGAGGAGGUGCAAGCAGUACUGGAAGUGGAAGUGCGAAAGGAGGUGGUAUUGGCAAUGGGAGAAGAACUAUAAGUCAAUGA